UCAUGCUGCUGCCACGGUCCAGAGUCUCUCAUGGGUCCCUGUAACGGCCUCCCAUUGCAUGCUGUCUCCAUCGCCACACUCUGCCAUGUGCCACUUUCAGGUCUCCUCACACUGCUGGUGGGUUCCAUUUUGGUCAUAGGGUGCUGGCAGAUUACGGGCCUCCCAUUGCUGCUGCCAGGCCCGUAAUCUGCCAUGGGCCCCCUGUACCGCCUCCUCAUGCUGCUGCCAGGCCCGUAAUCUGCCAUGGGCCCCCGUAACCGCCUCCUCAUGCUGCUGCCAGGCCCGUAAUCUGCCAUGGGCCCCUGUACCGCCUCCUCAUGCUGCUGCCAGGUCCAGAGUCUCUCAUGGGUCCCUGUACGGCCUCCCAUUGCUGCUGUCUCCAUCGCCACACUCUGCCAUGUGCCACUUUCAGGUCUCCUCACACUGCUGGUGUGUUCCAUUUUGUCAUAGGGUGCUGUAUGGCCUCCCAUUGCUGCUGCCUCCACCGCCACACUGUGGCUCCACACUCUGGUUUUGGCCCCGUGACUGCCCAAAUGAGUGAAGUGUGCGGUGAUUCUAAGAUCGACGGCACUCAUCUGCAUGUCAUUCUGACUGACAGUAUUAUUUCUCUUCCCCAGCAGACUCCAAGGGCAUUUAAAUUAAAGGUACAGUGUUCUGCACUAAUAUAA